UAGUCACACAGAGCACAAAGUGUACUGCACAUCCAGAGAGAAAACAGUAAAUCACUGCGGGCAGAGACCAAACUACCAAACCUACACAACUUCAUCCUAUCUGGCCCACAAUGGAGACAGAUAAGAAGACUCAGACAACAGCAGAGCAGCUGACUGACAGGGAUCUGUCAGAACAAAUCAAAAAGGUGACAAAGGAGAGCCACGUCAGGGCAGAAAGCACAGAGCUGAUGCUGAGCUUUCAGAGGGGACAAGUCACCCGGCCACAGUUCAAGCUCCUCCUGUGCUCACUGUAUGAAAUCUACCAGGCCUUGGAGGAAGCGAUGGACAGGAACUCCGACCACCCUGCUGUCGCACCCAUUUACUUCCCGGCUGAACUGGCCAGACUGGAGGCCAUCGAGAAAGACCUGGAAUACUUCUACGGCCAGGACUGGAAAGAGAAGAUCGUCGUCCCCGCAGCCACUAAAAGAUACUGCAACAGACUCAGACAAAUUGGUAAAGAAAACCCUGAAUUUCUGGUCGCCCAUGCUUACACUCGGUACCUAGGAGACCUGUCUGGAGGCCAGGUCCUGGGUCGAAUCGCCCAGAAGUCCAUGGGGCUGAAGGGCAGCGAGGGUCUGUCAUUCUUCGCCUUCCCUGGUGUGUCCAGCCCCAACCGCUUCAAACAGCUGUAUCGCAGCCGGAUGAACAGCGUGGAGCUGACGGAGGAGGAGAGGAACGGCGUGCUGGAGGAGGCUGUCAGGGCGUUUGAGUUAAACAUUCAGGUCUUUGAUGAUUUACAGAAGCUGCUGCUGAGCGUCACUGAAAACAAGCCGCAGACUCUUUCAACACACUCCAAACCAGUAAAGACACUCCAGAUCCCCAGUGCCAUCAUCAGGAUGGUGCUGGGACUUUUUAUGGCUCUGGCCACAGUCAGCAUAGGAAUUUAUGCUCUUUAGAGAAGAUACACAACAAUAAAUACUAUGUAUUGGUCUGUUGCUGUUACUGUUACAGUAGGACCAUUAAAAACUCUUGUAAAUACCUGUAAAUAACAAAAUGCUGUAAAAUAUUUUUUGUAAUUUAACUGUAAUUUAAUCACAUUUACAAUGUUUUCAUGAAAGUUUAGAGUAAUGAUUUAUUUAAUUCCUCUAUUUUCAAUCUAACACUGUUAUCCAGUGUGCCUUAAAAUGUGCAAUACAUAUGCUUUUAAUACUAUAAAUGUUACCUUUUUAAUAAAAAUCUAUUGUUGAAAGAAA